GGCGUGCAGGGCACGGAGUCGCACCCGCCGCCGCCGCCGCCGCAGCCGCAGCCGCCGCAGCCGCGCACGCGCGGCCGCAAGCGCAAGUUCGCGUGGCGCACCGUGGGCUUCACCGAGUGCAGCCGCACCUGCGGCGGAGGGGUGCAGUCGCCCAUCCUGGCGUGCGUGCGCGAGCACGGGCAGACGCCGGUGCCGGAGCGGCGCUGCGCCGGCCUGCAGCGACCGCCGCCGCAGAUGCUACGCUGCGCAAUCAAGCCCUGCCCCGCCCAGUGGACGGGCGGCGACUGGGGCGCGUGCUCGGUGACGUGCGGGCUGGGCGUGCAGGCGCGCGGGCUGCUGUGCCAGCAGCAGGUGACGCCCACGCUCACCAUGACGGUGGCGGCCGGCGCGUGCCUGGGGCCCGAGCCCAGCGCCGACGCGCUGCCUCGCACGCGCCGCUGCCUGCUGCCGGCGUGCGAGGGCGCGGGGCCGAGCGCGAGGGCGGGCGCCGACGGCGACGGCGGCGACCCGGGGCUGCCGCCUGCCCCGCAGCCCGCGCCGCGCCCCGGCGCGGGCAGCCGCUGGCACGCCGGCCCAUGGAGCAAGCCCCCUGUGGCACAGGCGUUCAGGCUCGAAGGGUACUGUGUUGGCCUGGACCUGAUGAAUCAGCAUGUGACUCGGCAUCUCGACCAACGGAAUCACUGUUCUGCACGCUGUGGAAGAGGCCGGCAAACCAGAGCGACUGCGUGCAUUGCUAUACAGAGAGGCAUUCUUCGAGUAGUUCCUGAUGGCAGUUGUGCAGUUCUAAUGAGACCAGAGCAUGAACGAUCAUGUGUUGGUCAUGAUUGUGGCCCAGAUUGGUUUGCUGCUGAGUGGACAACAUGCUCCCGUGAUUGUGGUGGUGGAAUACAAAGAAGAGAUGUCAGAUGUCUUGACCAGCACCAACGACCAUCAUCUGAUUGUUCAGAUGAAAGACGUCCUGCCACAAAGAAAACUUGUAAUACUCAUGAAUGUGGUACUUCACAAAAUGGUAAUGGAAGUGGUACUACAGAAAAUCGACUCAAAGAUGAUCCUAUUCCUAGCAGAGAUUCUGGGGAUCAAGCCAUUUCAACUGAUGAAAAAUCAGUUCAUGCAUCCUGUAUUCAUUCUGAAGAUUCAUCAUAUAUAAAUGAUUGGUAUCUAAUGGCAAAAUUAUCAAUGAUGACGAAUGUGUAGACAAAAUUGCCAACUGUCACCUGGUGGUUCAGGCUCGUCUAUGCACAUUAUCCAAGCUGUAUCGAACCAGCUGUUGCCAUUCAUGUCACAAGAAAUUGUAGUUUGUGACAAUUAGAGGCCCUGGCUUUUGAACAGGCAACUUUUUCUGUUGAAGAUCAAGUGGGAAAAAUGAGGCAAAUCCUGACCUCAUAGAUAUAAUUUGAAACAUUUGUUAAAAUAUUCCAAAGGUUUUAUUUUUCAUCUCUUUAAAUAUUUAUUUACAGGGAACAUCUUGUUCUGUAAAAACUUUGGUUGUAAUAGUUUGAAAAAUUUCCCUGUCCUGUAAUAUAUACAUAUUAAGAUCUAGUUCAUACUUUAAUAAGAGCACGCUAGAUCAACAAUUCUACAUAUUCAAAUGUAGACAUAAAGAUUAAUGCAGAAUGUACUGCAUUUAUUAGAUUUUUGUUGAGUAAAUGAACUCAGCCUACUACAGACAUUGAUUGUAAUGAUCUGCAGGAUUCAUUUUGGAACAAAUUUGGGAAGAAAAGUGAAAUUUUCAAUCCAUAUUAGAUGGGUUGGUGAUCUUUUAUCAGUGCUUUAGUGCUGCAAGCAUUAUAGGUCAUUUAUAAAAUGAUUUAUUUGUAUUGUGUUCAGACUUAUGACAUUUCACUUUUUGUUUUUCUUGUGUUGUAAAGUGAUUGUCAGUUUACAUUGUGUUACUAAGUAUUAUCAGAAGUAAUGAAGAAAUAUUUGUUCUGUGUAGACUGAUAUGUAUUUAACGUGUACCUACAACUGUAGCAUGUAGAAGACAAUUUUACCUACUGUGCUGUGGAGAGUCUUAUUUGAUUACUCAUUAGUGUUUUAAACCAAACUGUUUGAUAAAUGAAGCCCAGCCAUGCCAAAUGUCUGUUGGCAGAACACACUGCUUUAACUCCCAGCUUGUGUGUUGAAGUAAUUGCAAGGUAUGAAUAUUUCACUUGUGUCCAGAAUGAGAUCUGCAAGGAGUUAUGGUACUUGUUGCCUGCUGGCGAUAUUUGUGGUUGUGAACUGGGCUGCUUGUGUCUGUGAGUGAGUGAACCAUAGAUGAACCCUUGGGCCAAGAUGUCCUCCAGCUGUGUGGCGUGGAGAAUUUUCAUCCUGGCUAGCUUGUCCUACAUUGUUUGUGUGUGUGUAAUAUACAUAUAAAUAUAUAAAUAAUUUAAUAAUAUAUUCUGUACUUUUUGUUAUUCAGAAUAGAUAUCUGUAUGUGAUUGUAAUAUUAAGAUGUUCAGCUUAAAUGCAAUGAAUACAAUCAACGUAAUUUUAAGCUGGAGUUGGAAGUAAAUGACUUGACCUUAAUCACAAGACUGCAAAUUUGAAUGAUUUGGUAAUGCUCAUUAUCCCA